AAGAUGAAAAUCGAAUAAACCCUAGCUAGGUUAUAGAUAUAAUAGUCGCCACUCGCCAGACUCCUCUACCCUUCUCAUCGCCCUCGUUUCCCCGCCGCCUGCUGCCCACCUUAUCUUCGCUUUCCGAUGGCACCGAAGAAGGACAAGGCUCCACCGCCGUCAUCCAAACCGGCGAAAUCCGGCGGCGGCAAACAGAAGAAGAAGAAGUGGAGCAAGGGAAAGCAAAAGGAGAAGGUGAACAACAUGGUGCUUUUUGACAAGGCAACUUACGACAAGUUGCUGUCUGAGGCGCCUAAGUACAAGCUUAUCACUCCCUCUGUGCUCUCCGAUCGUCUCAGGAUCAGUGGAUCUUUAGCUAGGAAGGCAAUUAGGGAAUUGAUGGCUAGAGGUCUAAUCAGAAUGGUAUCGGCUCAUUCAAGCCAGCAGAUCUACACCAGGGCCACUAACACCUAGGUGUUACAUUUUAUUGUAUUACAAAGCCUGAAAUGUUUUUUUUUUUAAAGUCUGGUUGAAAACCCGUAAUUUUAUUUUCCGAAAGAUGUUAGAAUUGAGGUGACAAUUUCUGUUGUGCUUCGGUAGUAUUUUGAUUGAGUUGUUAUCGGCAUAUGAAUUUCCCAUGAUGGUGCUCUAUUGCUGUCUUAAUUUUGUGACAUUAUACCAACUCUAUUCAUAACUGUUUGUGAAAGUUUCGGGAGCCGACAAAAGGGUAAAACGUUAAAAGUGUGGUUAGGAAUAUGUAUGUUGCAGGGCUAUUUUAACAAGUCUAUACAAAAAUGAUAUUUCCAUUUAUUUUCCUUUCAUUUGUACGAGACUACUUGUUCCUUUGAAUCCUCUACUUGGGUGAGUCGUAUUGCCUUGUCAAGUUGUGUGAAUUGAGCUCGGUCGAGCAUCUCAAGCUACUCCUUAGGUUCAAAAGUUAGGGAUAAUAUUGUUGUUUCAUAACAUUAUGGUAUGGAUUCUUUUGGGGGUUGCAAAUUAUAGAGUUAAGGGUUUGUGAUUUGA